GCCCCGGGGCGGCGCCGCGGCUCCCUCAGCGGCCCAGUUCCUGCUCCGGCGGCCGGCCGGGGGAUGGCGGGGCGGGCGGGCGUCCCGCCGCGGCUCUGCCUGCUGUGGUGCGCCCUGCGCUUGGCGGCGGCGGCGGCUCGGCGUGCGGCCCCGCACCUGGUGCUGGUGUUGGCCGACGACCUGGGCUGGGGCGACGUGGGCUGGCACGGCUCGGCCAUCCGGACGCCGCGGCUGGACGCGCUGGGUGCGGGCGGCGUGCGGCUGGAGCGGUACUACACGCAGCCGCUCUGCACGCCCUCCCGCAGCCAGCUGCUCAGCGGCCGCUACCAGAUCCAUACAGGUUUACAACACCAAAUAAUCUGGCCGUGCCAGCCCAGCUGUCUACCACUAGAUGAGAAACUCCUACCAGAGCUACUUAAAGAUGCAGGAUACGUUACUCACAUGGUGGGGAAGUGGCAUUUAGGGAUGUACAGGAAAGAAUGCCUUCCAACACGCAGAGGAUUUGAUACUUACUUUGGCUAUCUUCUGGGGAGUGAGGAUUAUUAUUCUCAUGAUCACUGCGUGCUCAUCAAAGCAAAGAAUGUAACACGCUGUGCUCUGGACUUCCGAGAUGGAGAAGAAGUUGCAACUGGAUUUAAAAACAUGUAUUCCACUAAUUUAUUUACAGAAAGAGCUAUAGAUCUUAUAGCCAAUCAUAAAACUGAGAAGCCCCUCUUUCUCUACCUUGCUUUUCAGUCUGUCCAUGAACCUCUUGAGGUCCCUGAAGAAUACAUGAAACCCUAUUCCUCCAUUAAAGAUGAGAAGAGGCGCCAUUAUGCGGGAAUGGUGACUCUUAUGGAUGAAGCUGUAGGAAAUCUUACUGAUGCUCUGAAAAGAUAUGGUCUUUGGGAUAACACUGUUCUUGUUUUCUCUACUGAUAAUGGAGGACAGACUAUGGCAGGUGGAAAUAACUGGCCACUCAGAGGAAGAAAAUGGACCCUCUGGGAAGGAGGAGUGAGAGGAGUAGGCUUUGUUGCAAGUCCUUUACUGAAACAAAAAGGUGUAGAAAGUCAUGAACUAAUACAUAUCUCUGACUGGCUGCCAACACUGGUGCACCUUGCUGGAGGACAUACCAAUGGCACUAAGCCUUUGGAUGGCUUUGAUGUUUGGAAAACUAUCAGUGAAGGAAGACCUUCCCCCAGAGUGGAACUGCUUCAUAACAUUGACCCCAUGUUUGUGGAUGAUUACCCAUGUCUUGGCAUUGACAACAGGACAUCUUUACUGCAGAUCAAUUCUUUUCCGUGGGAUAAUACACUUUUCAAUAUAUCCAUUCAUGCAGCAAUCCGUCAUGGAAAAUGGAAAUUACUAACUGGAUAUCCAGGCUGCAGUCAUUGGUUCCCUCCACCAUCUUUGUUCAAUGAAUCAAAGAUUCAGUCGUCUGAUCCACCAACAAAGAGACUUUGGCUAUUUGAUAUCGUUCAUGAUCCUGAAGAGAAAAAUGAGUUGUCUGAAAAAUAUCCUCAUGUGGUGAAAAAACUGCUCUCACGUCUUCAGUACUAUUAUAAACAUUCAGUGCCUGUAUUCUACCCUGAUGAGGAUCCCAACUGUGAUCCAGCAGCAACUGGGGCUUGGGGUCCUUGGGCAUAGUGCACAGCACUGCGCCGUGCAAAACACACCUGUAGCAGAGUUCAUUUUAUGUACUUCAAGGUCCUAGUGAUGUCUGUCUUACUUUGUUGAUUACAUUACUGCUAAUUGUGAGUUCAUUUUUUGCUCACUCCUUUAAGAGUAUUUCUUACUCUUAUAGUAUGUUGGGGAUCUUAUUUCAGUCCUUCCCAUUCUCUCCUUCCCAAUUAUUGUAUGUGAAAUAUGGAUAAAAUUAUAAAUCUGU